UGCCAUCUAGACUAGAUCUAAGCUCACUGCCUGGGUCACAACUAUGUUGUCCAGGACUCUGCUGCUCGUCCUUGGUGUGCUGUUGCUACUGUCCCUAGCCCAGGGAGGGAUCCAGCGAAGACGGAGACAAGAAGGUCCCGCCGAGAUCAAGGCGUGUAGCAGGAGGCCCAAAUGGUAUCUGUGCAACCGCCAUUGCGAAGCCCACCAAGACUGCCAAGCGAAUAACAUCUGCUGCUCCGCCGCAUGCGGCAAUGUGUGCGUGAAUCUCCUGGAUAAGGGCGUGUGGGAGAUGCCUAUCACCCCUCCCCCCGACAAUGUCUACCCAGAGACCGGGUCCCCGCCCAGCUUCGAAGGAGACAUGAUUCUGCCUCCCACUAGCUUGUCAUCUUUCAUCGCUACCGUUGAGAAAUAAACCAGCG